UCUCCAAUCUCCAUUGGAGAUUUAACAUUUCGGCCAAUGCAAGAUGAGUACAACUUUCCCUCUCCACCGGGGUACUGACUGAUCACAGUUUGGUGUUUGUGUGACGUCAGUGUCAGCUGGUCAAUGUUUACGUCCAGAAUUGUGGCGACAUCUAUUGAAUGUUUAUGGGGGAAAACGAGAAGGUAACAACAUAUUUUUUCGAAAUACAAUUGACACUAUAAAGCAGCGUCAAUUAACCGUCACAUCCAUAAGAGCGCUUCGUUGACGACAUCAACAGAGACUAAGCGAGUCCGUGAGGAUGGGAGGAGCCGUGAGUGCGGGGGAGGAUAACGAUGAGUUGAUUGACAACCUGAAGGAGGCUCAGUACAUCCGCUCGGACCUGGUGGAGCAGGCCUUUAGGGCCAUAGACAGGGCCGACUACUAUCUGGAAGAGUUCAGAGACAGUGCCUACAAGGACCUGGCCUGGAGGCACGGCAACAUCCACCUCUCAGCACCCUGCAUCUACUCCGAGGUGAUGGAGGCCUUGGAUCUCCAGCCUGGCCUGUCCUUCCUCAAUCUGGGCAGUGGUACGGGCUACCUCAGCACUAUGGUGGGACUCAUACUGGGUCCAUUUGGAGUGAACCAUGGGGUGGAGCUGCACCAAGAUGUCAUUGAGUAUGCAUACCAGAAACUGGAGUUUUUCAUCAAGACCAGCGACAGCUUCGACAGGUUUGAGUUCUGUGAGCCCUGCUUCGUGAUGGGGAACUGUCUGGAGAUAGCCCCAGAGAGUGGUCAGUAUGACAGGGUGUAUUGUGGAGCUGGGGUGCAGCAGGAGCAGGAAGACUACAUGAAGAACCUGCUCAAAGUGGAGGGAAUCCUAGUGCUGCCAUUGGAGGAGAAGUUGACCAAGAUCACUCGAACAGGCUACAACAGCUGGGAGACCAAAAACAUCAUUGCUGUGUCCUUUGCCCCACUGGUGUUGCCCAAACACAGAGAUAACAGUAAACCCAAAGCAGUGCCUUUACCGACCAUGUUUGAGGUGCGGACUCUGCAGGACUUGGCUCGCAUCUCUAUCCGUCUGACGUUAAAGAAGACAGUGGCGGGGCCAGGGCCGUUGCCCAGGAGGAGGUUGGCCCACAACGGGGAGCAGCUCCGGCGGGCCCAACACUGUGGCUCCACCCUGCUUUCCAACCGCUACGUAUUCAUGAGCCGCCUCAUCCCCGGGCCGAUGGACGACAACAACCGCUCAGACACAGAAGAGGAGGAAGAAGAGGGGAACUGCAGGAUUCUAGGAGAACCUGAGGAGGAGCAGGAGGAAGAGGGGGAGGAGAGUAGGGAGGGCGGUGCCCUUCUACAUGAGGCUCCAGUGAACCUGCUAAGAGAAAGGAUCCUGGGCCUGCCGCUCCCUGAGCCUCUGAAGAUGUACAUGCUCCACUACAGAGAGAAGUAGAGAGGGACAGGAGACAAGAAGCUGUGCUCCCAUUCUCUAACUUGUUACCAUCCUUAUGCUCUUGACUCCCCUUUCUGUAUACAAAAGUAAUUAAUGUGUAAGAAAUAGGCUGAUAACUCCACGGGAAUGGCUAAAAUGAGUUCCCAUCCGAAUUCAAAAUGUAAGCCCUAGAAACUUCAUGUUGAAGUGAAUAACUAGAAGAAUUGGAUAAGUAGAAGCAAUAUGGUAAUAGCUCCAUCUCCCCCUUCCCCGAUAGCCUAGGUACGCCUAUCUAAUCUACAGAGGUGCUUAAGGGGUAGAGGUCGAGGUUGGAAAAACAAGGAUUUAGGGUUUGGGAGCUUCCUUAGGGUCACCCCUACCCCCAGAAGCCCUCACCACCACCAGCAGCCCCUUAGGACUAUUCCAACAACCCCUCUGAACACUAGACUCAUCUCAAUCAAUGCCCCACCCAUGAACUUUAUCUCCCCCUCUUUUGGGGUAUCUUGUCUCGUGCCUGACACUGGCACCCAGUCUCGAAGACCUUCUUUCCACCCUCUUUGAAUUUUGUAAAUGUGAUUUUUCUGAGAAUGAUGAUUUUGACUGUGACCGAACAAUUCAGGGGAGCUUUUGAGAUCAACUUACAAGAACUGAAAGCCCCAAAUGGUGUGGAAAUAUUUGCUCAUUCUGUGUUCACAUCUGUAAGAUCUUCUCAUAUCUUACUGUGCUCUGCAUUGAAUAUACUUGUUGAGAGCAGGGGUGACAAAUAAAAGUAAUUUAACUGAA